GUGUGUCUCUGGAAGGGGGCCGUCCAACCGUCUGUCCUCACUCUUCCAGGAGCGAGCCACUGUUUUGCCAUGAUCUCAGUGUCACUGGCAACUCAGACACCACUUUCCACUCACCAGGUCAUGUGAGGCUCGAGCUGUUCUGGGGCGUCUUGGAUGAAGCAUGGCGACCCGAUGCUUCAAGUACCUCUGGAUAUAUGUUCUAAAUGAUGAGAAACUGCAGCUGUAGAUGACCAUGGAGACUCCACUUGCUAUGGAAUUGGACGGGCAUCAGUCUGUUGCAAGUUUAGGAGCGCAAAAACCGAACUUCUCGCCGCUGGAGUUUGAAAACAGCUGCUCACAGUUGGAUUUAAAAGAAGAAACAAACAAUGGAUUUGGUGGGAAUCUGUGCCUGCAAGAGCCGGAGUUGGUGUCGGUGAGAGAAACAAUGUUGGGCGCGAGUCUGCUGGCCACAGCUCACGACUGGAAUUCAGCAUCAUGUGUACCAGACGUGGACAGGGGUGAGUCCAAGUCGCAUUCCACCUCUCAUCCAGAAGAUCCCUCUGAGGAGGAAGACUGCGGAUACAAGCAGCCAGAUGUCAAAGAGAGAGGGCUACUUUUAAAUGGUCACUGGCCUCAGACUGUGGCGAGGGACGCCGUGACGGUGCGUGAAUCCAAAUCCCCAAAUUUGCUUCGCAUUGUCAAGCACAAGCCCAGCUCCAUCACCUUUAGAGACUACGCCGACAUCCGUCCCUUCAUCAACGAGAGCUCAGACGAUGGAGAGUCCUCGCGGGAGGAAGAGGCCGAGGACCAUGAUGACGGUGACGGUGACGGUGACGAUGAUGACGACGACGACGUCUUUCAUGAGUUGCCGAUGAGUCGGGCGGUCACGGUCAAUAACAGACACAGAAGCAACGGCAAAGAGAGGAGGAAGGGCCGACAGGAGGUCGCUCACUCGGACAGCAGCGGGGGAUAUGAAGCGGGAAGCAGAAGCACAGAGGAGUCUCAGCAGGUCAAGUCACCCUGGUCGGAUUCAAUGAGCCAACUAAUGAAGAAGCUGGACCAGCUUAAUUUAGACAUUGAAGAAGCUCUGAGUGCGAGCUCCUCCCCCUCAGACACGCCCUGUACUACCCGCAAGACACAGUGGGCUGCUGCGUCCAAGUCGAACCAAGGUCUGAAUGAUCACGCUCUGCAGAGAUGCGAGAGAGGGGACUUUUUGAGUCCAAGCCGGUCGCCAUCGAAUCGCGCUGUGACUCCGCGAACGAGAACCAAGAAGGGGAUGUCUAACAAGACGAUCCACGGUGGCGGCGCAGAAGUGGAGGCGAAAGAGGCGUGCGACUGGCUGCGGGCAGCAGGAUUUCCCCAGUACGCUCAGCUCUUUGAAGAUUCACAGUUCCCUAUUGACAUAACCCCGGUGAAAAGAGACCAUGACUUCCUGGAUAAAGAUCUUGUGGAACCUCUUUGCAGGCGACUCAACACUUUGAAUAAAUGCGCCUCCAUGAAACUUGACGUGAACCUUCCCAAGAAGAAAAGUGAAGAUUCUGAUGAAGAAGACCUGUUCGCGAUAAGCGACAAAUGGACCUUUGAGCUGAGCAGCCGGCGAUGGUCCAGGCUGCAGGACAUUGACUGUCUUCUCGGCAACCACGGACAGUGUCCGUCCAGCGAGGACGCCGUUCCUCUCAGAGCCACCACCAGCAGCGAGAGCGUGUUGACGGACCUCAGCGAGCCGGAGGUGUCGUCUCUACACAGUGAGAGCAGCGGAGGCAGCAACCACAGGGGCCCCAGCGCGGAGGACUCGGACUGCUCCAAUCGGACUUGCUCAGACUCUCUAGCGAUGCCGGACUCUACCUCGAUCACAAUGUCUCACAUCCCCAAAGACAUUUCUCUCUACGGUUCCCUCCCGAACAAGCACAGCAAGACAAGCCGAAUCCGCGCCAAAGACUUCUUGAAGCGCAUGGAGACGUUGCGCUCCCGAGGGACGCUGGGACGAGGCCGCAAGUCGCUGGUCAUCAGCGCUCCGAUGUUGCAACAGGAGGCGCAGGCUCUGAAGACGCUACGGUGCGUGGAGAUCAUUAACGGAGAAGUUGCACCUCCUGAUGCUCCGUCCAGCAAAGCCCUGCCGUCCCAGUCCAGCAGUGAAGGCAGCAGCCACUCCAGCGGGAGUGCGGUCAGCACUCCGAGUCUGAAGGAGCGCAAACCUUACCGGGCCGACCACAAGCGGAGCGGCAUGUACUUGGAGGACAUGGACAUUUUCUCAGACCCUCAGUUGAACAAAGUUGCUGUGGAAAAUCGCCGGAAUGAAUUCUGCUCGUAUGAAGACCUCGUGGUUCAUAUCCCCAAAGACCACAAACCGGGGACCUUCCCCAAAGCUCUGUCCAUCGAAAGCCUCUCACCAACAAACGGAGCCUCGAUCAACUGGCACACGGGCAGCAUGCACCUGGACUCCCCGGUGGUUCCGUCCAAGAAGGAAUCUCGACCCGUGACCCAGUGCUGCUCCAGAGGAAGCCGGAUCAGCGUGUAUGACAACGUCCCUGGCUCUCAUCUGUACGCUAGCACUGGAGACCUCAUUGACCUGGAGAAGGAGGACUUGUUUCCACAUCUGGACGACAUCCUGCUGCACGUGGACGGUCUCCAGCAGAUAGUGGACCACUGGUCGAAGAACGUGCUGCCCACAGGAGAGCCAGUUCAGCAGGUGGGCGGGGUGCGGGAGGAGACAGCCGCUCUGCAGUCGUCCAGUCAGAUCACCUUGGACUUUGAGGGGGACUCUGUCACGGAGAGUCAGGCGACUCCCAGUGACGGGGACAGGGACCGCGUGUCACUCGCAGAGACGGAAUCGACACAACUCAGGGAAAGAAGGGACUCAGGAGUGGGCGCUUCACUGACCCGACCCAACAGGUUACGAUGGCCGAGCUUCCAGAUAUCCAACCGCCUCAGCCACUCCGUGGCGUCGCUGCAAAUCACCAACCAGUCAGCGGGGCAGCUGAACCUGCUGCAGAAGUUCUCGCUGCUGCGUCUGACUGCCAUCAUGGAGAAGUACUCCAUGUCCAACAAGCACGGCUGGACCUGGUCUGUGCCGAAGUUCAUGAAGAGAAUGAAGGUACCGGACUACAAGGACAAGAAUGUGUUUGGCGUCCCGCUCAUUGUGCACGUGCAGCGCUCGGGACAGCCGCUGCCCCUCGGCCUGCAGCAGGCACUGCGGUACCUGAGGAGCCAGUGUCUUGACCAGGUGGGUCUGUUCCGUAAAUCAGGGGUGAAGUCUCGAAUUCAAGCUCUGAGGCAGAUGAACGAAACGUCUCCGGACAACGUGAGCUACGAGGAUCAGUCUGCGUACGACGUGGCCGACAUGGUGAAGCAGUUCUUCAGGGACUUACCGGAACCGCUGCUCACCAGCAAGCUGGGCGAAACCUUCCUCCACAUCUAUCAAUACGUGCCCAAGGAUCAGAGGUUACAGGCCGUCCAGGCUGCCAUCAUGCUGAUGUCGGAUGAAAACCGAGAAGUUCUGCAGACCCUGCUGUGUUUCCUGAGCGAUGUCACUUCCUCUGUGGAGGAGAAUCAAAUGACACCCAUGAAUAUUGCAGUGUGCCUCGCUCCCUCGCUCUUCCAUCUCAACAUUCUCAAGAAAGACAAUCUGUCACCGAGGGCCAUGCGUAAAAAGUACGCCACUGGCAGACCCGACCAAAAGGAUCUGAACGAGAACUCGGCGGCGACGCAGGGGCUGGCGCACAUGAUCAUAGAGUGCAACCGGCUCUUUGAGAUCCCGCAUGAGAUGGUUACGCAGUCCCGUAACUCGUACGUGGAGGCCGACCUGCACGCGCCGACUAUCGACGAGCUCUGCAAGCAGCUGGAGGACGAUGACGGGACGUACCAAACGCACAUGGAGGGGAGUCUUCAGUACUUGCUGAAGGAGGCUCGAGAGAAGUCCAAGUACUGGGUGUCCUGCAGCAGCUCGGAUAACACGGAACUCUACUACAAGAAGGUGGGGGAUGGGAAUCCGCUGCGACGCUGGAGAGUGUCCGUGGAAGUGGAGGCGCCGCCGUCUGUCGUGUUGAACCGAGUGCUGCGAGAGCGGCACAUGUGGGAUGUUGACCUGCUGCAGUGGAAAGUGUGUGAGACGCUGGACAAGCAGACCGAAGUCUUCCAGUACGUCCUCAACCGCAUGCCGCCGCACCCCAGCAGAGACUUUGUGGUUCUCAGGUCGUGGAGGACAGACUUGCCCAAAGGUGCCUGCUCUCUUGUUUCCGUAUCCAUCGAGCAUGAAGACUGUCCCGUUGUGGGAGGGGUUCGAGCCGUCGUCCUGGAAUCCAACUACCUGCUGGAACCCUGCGGAUCAGGAAAGUCCAGACUCACCCACAUCUGCAGAGUGGAUCUAAAGGGAAGGACCCCAGAAUGGUACAACAAGGCCUUCGGAAACCUUUGUGCUGCAGAAGUGGCUCGAAUCCGAAACUCCUUCCAGCCCCUCAUCACGGACGGUCCGGAGACCAAAAUCUGAAUAUCCCACAUGAAGAGCCAUUUACAGACAGGAAGUACGUCUGGGACUCCAGAACUAAAGCUCGACCUCCUCUGGCUGUGUCUGUACUCGCCCAGUUAUAUUUACUCUUUAGGUGCUUAAGCAUUCAUAUUUAAUGGUAAAAAUCCUACCGAUGUCCACAGUCACCUGAGCUUAUUUUAAUAUGAAUUAUGUUUCAUUGUAUAGUGUUAUGAUCUACGAUGUCUACGACAUUCAAGCUCCUGCAAGCUUCUGAGAAGCAUGUAAAUAUUCAUUUCAGAUUCAACCUAUAAUUAUUGUAUAUACUCUGUUGAUAUACUGCACAUGUAAAGAUGUAUAUAUGUAUAUUUGUGAAGACUUGUCCUAUAUGUAUUAAUUAACUUGCUGUGUCAAUCAUUCAGUAAUACACUUGUAAGCUGGUUUUACUUUGCUUCAGUAUUGCCAUUUUGGAAUGGGUGUAUUGAUGUGUAAACUCUGACCUCCCCUGGUUGUGAAUGACAAAAGGUUUGACUCGGUCAAGCCUGCUUUAUUGUGGUACUGGAGUGUGGCGUCUGAAAAGAUUUUUUUUUAAAUAAAAA